AUGGAGCUUGCCAAUGGCUGUCGGCCCCAUCCGACCCUCGCCUUGGCGUUUCAGCGCAUGGAAACGCCGGUGUCAUGUUUUCCACUCUUCACCUUCGCAACGAAAACCGCGAAUGCCGCACAUGCUGCACAUCGGCGAUGGAGGAAGAUGUCGAAAGGCACCUCCCUCAAUUGGCCUGCGAACUUCCCAGAACUUCCCAACGGUCGACAGAGGUUGCCAAGCCUGGGCCUUGGCCCGUGGGCCACGGCGGGCACGGAGGCAAUCUGCGACCAGGCCAAUUCGGCCAUGGUGGUGGGGUUGGAUUAG